AUGGGGAUUGACUCUGGAGUCAAUAUUUCAGAUGAUGCUGUACCUUAUGGCGGAAAAAGUGCCUUUACCCAACUGGAGCACAACAUAGUGGCUGGAUAUCUAAUAACUGCAGGUGUCAUCAGUUUAGCAAGUAACAUUGUGGUGCUGCUGAUGUUUGUGAAGUUUAAGGAGCUGCGUACUGCCACCAACUUUAUCAUCAUUAACCUGGCUUUCACUGACAUCGGAGUGGCUGGGAUCGGCUAUCCUAUGUCAGCAGCCUCAGACAUCCAUGGCAGCUGGAAAUUUGGCUACACUGGUUGUCAGAUCUAUGCAGCUCUCAACAUCUUCUUUGGCAUGGCCAGUAUUGGCCUGCUGACUGUGGUGGCAAUCGACCGCUACCUCACCAUCUGCAGACCAGACAUAGGGCAGAAAAUGACGAUGAGAUCAUACAACCUUCUGAUUGUGGCAGCAUGGCUGAACGCUGUGUUCUGGUCCUCCAUGCCGAUAGUGGGCUGGGCUGGUUAUGCCCCUGACCCAACGGGAGCUACAUGCACCAUCAACUGGAGACAGAAUGAUGCCUCCUUCAUCUCUUACACCAUGGCUGUGAUUGCUGUGAACUUUGUGUUGCCUCUGUCCGUCAUGUUUUACUGCUACUACAACGUGUCCGUCACUGUGAGGAGAUACAAAGCCAGCAACUGCCUGGACAGCAUCAACAUCGACUGGUCGGAUCAGAUGGAUGUCACCAAGAUGUCCAUAGUGAUGAUUGUCAUGUUCCUGGUGGCCUGGUCUCCGUACUCCAUGGUAUGUCUCUGGGCAUCUUUUGGUGACCCCAAGACUAUCCCUGCCCCCAUGGCCAUUAUCGCUCCACUCUUUGCCAAGUCCUCCACCUUUUACAACCCCUGCAUUUAUGUUAUCGCCAACAAAAAGUUCAGACGAGCCAUCAUAGGGAUGAUCCGAUGUCAAACCAGGCAGCGAAUCACUAUCAAUACGCAGGUUCCCAUGACAACCUCCCAACAACCCCUGACCCAGUGA